AUGACCUCUUUGGUCUCUGAAUUCAUCAUCACGCCUGUUCUGCGACAAGCCCGCCGCUUCUCUUCGAGUUUCGCCACCGAGGAACGACCAGCAUCGCGACACAACCGACAGAGGUCGGUGGAAGAAUCGACCUCUGUUCCAGAGAAUGCCAUAAUGGAGGACGACCAGGACGUGGUGAUGGUAGAGAGAAAUGCGGGGGAGACUUCCUCGAGCCCUGUGCCAGCGAUAGCGCCGGCACCAGCACCAGCACCGGAGUCGACCCCACCGCCACCUACCUCGCUCCCGACCCCAACCACCAAUGCUGUAUCAUCGUCACCAAGUCAGGCGGAAGGGAUGCUACGGAAUACCCCAGAAGUUACCGUCGUUCCAAACACAUUAUCGGCCCGACAACCAAGUUCUCCCGCCCCGUCCGCCCCUCCGAGGACGGCCUCUGACGCAGCAGAUGGACCACGCCAGGCAAACAUAAUGCGAAGAAACCCUUUGCCUGAAGACGACGGCAUGGGGAAACUACGGAAAAAGAUUCGGAGCAUACAGGAGAUGGAUAUUGCCCAAAACCUCAAAGCGCAACUGGUCCACCAAUUGUUGACGGAGAAGUACACACUGGCUCAACAAAAGAACGGAUUACUGAAAUCAACAAUUCGACCCGAAUCCCUAAUGGGUCGGGCAAUAGUACCGGACCAAAACGCAUCACCAGAGUCUUUCGGGGCGUUGCAGGCAUUGAAAGCUUGGAACCCACUCAGCACCGAAUCUGCGCCACUGGAGUUGCCCCUGACUGCGGAGGACCUGAAGCCGACGUAUGCCCCUGCAGUUAUGAUGGAUCAGGAUGGCGAGGUCGAGAGUCCGGCAUCCGAUGGUCCGCAAGAAAAGCGACACCUGGGCUGCGAUCACUAUCGGAGGAACGUCAAGCUACAAUGCGCCACCUGCGAGCGCUGGUACACAUGCCGAAUGUGUCACGAUGCCGUCGAGGACCAUGUCUUGCCCCGCCAGCAAACCAAACACAUGCUGUGUAUGCUUUGUGGCUGCGCCCAAAAGGCUUCGGAUACGUGCGCAAGGUGUGGGGAGUCUGCGGCCAACUAUUACUGUGGCAUCUGUAAGCUUUGGAAUGACGACCCUAACAAGCCCAUCUACCAUUGUUCAGACUGCGGGCUCUGCAGAGUCGGGCAAGGGUUGGGGAAGGACUUUUUCCACUGCAAGAAAUGUAUGGCUUGCAUCUCCAUGACUGGCGAACACAAGUGCAUCGAGCGGUCCAUAGACUGCGACUGCCCCAUUUGCGGAGAUUACCUCUUCAACUCGAUGAAGACUGUCGUAUUCAUGCAGUGCGGUCACAGUAUCCACAAACGCUGCUUCGAGAUGCACAUGGAGACCUCUUAUCGAUGCCCCAUCUGCAGUAAGAGCUGCGUCAACAUGGAGACUCAGUUCCGGAACUUUGACGUUGCCAUUCUCGCGCAGCCCAUGCCGCCAGAAUAUAUCGACGCCCGUGCCAUCAUCUCUUGCAACGACUGUAGCGCCAAAAGCCAGACUACUUACCACUGGCUCGGGCUGAAGUGCUCUCUUUGCAACUCUUACAACACUAUUCAAAGGCAACUCCUCAACAUGCCUAAUGGUACCAACCAAGAGCUGCCGACGCAGCAAAUGGAGCGACGACUAGAACAACUCCAAGAGGAGGCAUCGCAGCGUCAGGAGCAGCGGCAGCUCACAGAACCGGCCACACUCAAUCCUGGACAUGAGCGCGAAGCUGUUACUUUUACCGCCCUGCCCGCGAGCAACGCUGGACCCCUGGCGGCAGGCUCCCAGCCGCCAGGGCAAGAAGAACCCCCUAUUUUUAGUCUCAGCUUGCCAAGCAGAUCCUCCACCCCUCUCCCUGCGUACGAGGUUAUCGAGCGAGCACGUCGGGAACAAGAGGCGAGAGCUCAGAGGUUGGGAGGGCUGCCGGAUAGCCUGGGAAAUGGUAUUGACGUCUCCCCUCCCGCCGCCACCAUUGCCGCAUCUAAUAAUACGCCCCUGACUGAACAUGACCUUGUUGUUGCUGGCUUGCUACCCGCCCCUUCAGUCCAGCCCCAACAACCACAGCACCAGCAUCAGCACCACCGCCAACUAACGCCAGAGGAACUCAUUGAUUUUGUGCAGGUCCGAGACGGUGAAGCGGACGACGACGAUGAUGACGAGGACGAGGAUACGUUUCUGGAUUUGUUUUGGGGACGGGAUAGGGAGUUGGAUAGGAUACCUAAUGCGGGGACGGCGUUCACUUCGCUUGGAAGCCCGGGGGGUGCUGCUGUUAACGAAGAGGAGGAGGAUAGCUCGUCGUGUGAUGAUUUGAGCUCUGAGGAAGAGGAGGAAGAAGAAGACGACGAUGACGAGAAUGAGAUUGUGCUGCUUGGGCACCGGUGA